AUUGGAAUAUGACAACUGAAGGUUCCAUAAAGGAUCAUUUUAUGAAAAAAUGUUCAAUACAAUACAAGGGUAUGUUAUGUGAAGCAAGAUCCUCUGAGGAGAAACGAAAAAAUAUCCCAAAAUCUAUUUGGGAGAGCUGGAAGCCUCACUAUGAUACUGAGAAUUUUAAGGCUAAAUCUGCACAAUGUUCCAAAAAUCGACCAAGUGAGAAAUGUGGUGAAGGAUCUGGUCCCUCGCGCCAUACUGGAGGCUCCCGGACUCACCGAGAGCAUGCAAGAAAACUGGCAACUGUUCUAGGACGGCCACCUCAUCCACAUGAACUUUUGAAGAAGACACAUACCAAAAGAAACGAUGAGUUUGUGGAUCUGAAGUCUAAGAGCACAUAUGAUGCUGUAAUAUUUAAGAUCACAUCUGCAUCUCAGCUUGUAGAUGAAUCUGGCAAGUCUCCGACAGUAGAUUUUUCAAAGAUUUACAUGGAUGAAGUGGGUAGGGUUAAGAAGGCAUGUAUAUAUGGUCUUGGUUCUCAAACUGUUUUUUAUGAGAACGUUGGCUCAUCAUCUGCUUGA